CGGCCACAUGCGCCUUUACACCGGGUCCGUGCUCUCUUUUAAGGCUUGUUUUCCACAUGGUAUUGAACACAACUGAUGGGAACCUCGGUGCCUUUGACACCUCGGUGUGUGUACUGUUGUCCUCUUCAGCUGAACAGCCGAUAGUAGGCUAACAGGAGCUGCAGGAGCGCUCGGUCGGACCGGGAGGACAACAUCAUGAAGUUGUCGGUCCUCCUCCUCCUACUCUGCCCGCUGACCCUGGCUGACAUCCCCGCAGCGAGUGAAUUUGUGUCCUUGGCAGAGAUAGAGGACCAGCUGCUGAGGAACCUCUUCCAAGGCUACCAGCGCUGGGUCAGGCCCAUCCAGCACGCCAAUGACACGGUUACGGUACGCUUUGGACUCAAGAUCUCCCAGCUGGUUGAUGUGGAUGAGAAGAACCAGCUAAUGACAACUAACGUUUGGCUGCGUCAGGAGUGGAUUGAUUACAAGCUGCGAUGGAAUCCAGACAAAUACGGAGGAAUCACUUCCAUCAGAGUCCCCUCUGAAAAUAUUUGGCUCCCAGACAUCGUCCUCUAUGAGAAUGCUGAUGGGCGUUUCGAGGGCUCCCUGAUGACCAAAGCCAUUGUCAGGUUUAACGGUGGGAUCACCUGGACGCCACCUGCUAGUUACAAAUCUGCCUGCACUAUGGACGUCACCUUCUUCCCUUUCGACCGCCAGAACUGCACCAUGAAGUUUGGCUCCUGGACAUACGAUGGUCACAUGGUGGACCUGGUCCUGAUAGACGACCAGGUAGAUCGCAAGGAUUUCUUCGAUAAUGGGGAGUGGGAGAUCCUUAGUGCCACCGGUGCCAGAGGGAACAGGAAGGACGACAUGUAUACGUACCCCUUCAUCACGUAUUCCUUUAUUCUGAAGAGGUUGCCGUUGUUCUACUCACUCUUCCUCAUCUUCCCUUGUUUGGGUUUGUCCUUUCUGACUGUCCUGGUGUUUUACCUUCCCUCGGAUGAAGGAGAGAAGCUGUCACUCUCCACCUCAGUCCUUGUGUCACUCACUGUGUUCCUCCUGGUCAUAGAAGAAAUCAUCCCCUCCUCCUCAAAGGUGAUCCCACUCAUCGGAGAGUACUUGCUGUUCAUCAUGAUCUUUGUCACACUCUCGAUCAUCGUCACUGUAUUUGUCAUCAACGUGCACCACCGCUCCUCAGCCACCUACCACCCCAUGUCGCCGUGGGUUCGUAACCUCUUCCUUCAGAAAUUGCCACGGUUGCUGUGCAUGCGUGGACACACGGACCGCUACCACUACCCAGAGCUGGCUCCGGAAAGCCCCGAGCUGAAGCCUCGCUCUGGAGGUCGGAAAGGAGGCCAAGGGGCAAACAGCGCAGCCCACGGACAGACAACUUCUGAGGGGAAGGAGGACGAGGCCUGGGCGACCAUGUUGGACAAGGCUAUCUACUCAGUGCGCUACAUCAGCAGACAUAUCCGCAAGGAACACUUCAUCCGCGAGGUGGUACAAGACUGGAAGUUUGUGGCCCAGGUGUUAGACCGGAUCUUCCUGUGGGCAUUCCUCACCGUCGCAGUACUGGGCACUGUCCUCAUUUUCACUCCAGCGCUGUACAUGUUUUUCAAAAUCCCUCCUCCAACGGCAAGUGAGGAUCCACCUUCAAACUAGUAGCAAUAACACAGCCCUAUCACAACCUUCUCACCCUCCUCAAAUACAAAAGUUGCUAUAUUUUGCUCACUGCAGUUAGUGAAACUUUUUUAAGCAGCAUAAUAUGUAGUGAAAUUAAUUAAUUAAAGACUUAAGGGACAUUUCUUCUUUAAAUUACACAACCCUCAAAGGUACAGUAUUUUUAUUGUUCAGAUAUUCUUUAUUGCACUAAUAAAGUUAUUUUUAAGUACA